GUUAUCGCUGCACAAGGAGCGGCGAACAUGCGUCGCUGGCAGGAUUGCUUGGACUUCGCGGAGAUGACAGGGGCCGUGUUGCACGAUCACUGGAACUCAAGCCCGUCGAAAGACGAGGCCGAUGCUUAUCUAGUGGUCAACCAAAGCGACAUGACCCCGGGCCUCGCCAAACCGAGAAUCGACCCGGGCGUAAGGAACUUCAUCACGGGGUUGAUCCGUGGGAACUUCAUCGACAAGGGCGAGAAGUUCCGUCUUCGUUCCUGGGAUGGCCCGUGGGUUCUCGCGCUUGAAGUCCUCCAGGACCUAUGGACCAUACUGCUGAUACGAUUAGUCAGCCUGCAUUCCCUGUUUUCAUCCGUUGUGUCCAUGGACAUCACGACCUUGAUAGGUUUGAUGAUGCCCUCCGAGAGGAGAGGUUCCGGCGAAGCCCAUUGCUAUUUCAGCGGUGAGCCUCUUGAGGAGGCGAAGACGAAAGCAGGUGUGAGGGCGAACCUCCCUGUGGAGAUCGUCUUUGAUACUGCUGAGGUCCUCGCCGCUGGUUGUGAAGUGUUCGUCACUGAGAGUGAGGGGUUCUUGACAAGUGAUCAUGUACCUGGACAUUGCAUUUUGUUCAUCAACGAUGAUGUCAAGGACGUCAAUCUAUGGUCCAGAUCAGGGGGGACUUAUGCGGCGGACGAGGCGCAAGAGGCAGCGGGAAGUGAAAGCCCGACGAAAGUCGAGGCCGAUCUACCUGCUGAACACGAGCUCGCCUCUGGGUCGCAAGCAACCCCUACGGUCGGAUCUGAGUUCUUGAAACCGCCCGCCUAUGAAGCCACAGAAACCAGUUCUGUUGCUGCAUAUGAAGAAGUUCCACCCGUUGUGAUGGAAACGGAACAAGAGAAGCCAGCUACGGAGGCCGAUGCCACAAUGCCCUCCGUAGAGGAGAGGCCGCCGGUCCCUGAAGGCACCCCAAUUGUUCCGACCGAGCUCACCACGACCGUCUCGCACAUCAGCAGCACCACCAUCACCAACAUCGUUCAGGAUGUACAAGGCAAGGCGGUGCACGCAUACCAGCAAGAAGUGCGUCGGAAUGAGCCCAUCCACUACGGGGGUCCUGUGAAACCUGGUCAGUUGAGAAGACAGAACAGGCGCACGCAGCUUGCACGCGGACGUGAGGCCAUGAUCAAUCAGUUGGCUGACGACAACAACGCCCCAAGAGUAUUCCUCAACAAGCUGAAAAGCGCGUCGAAAGACGUCGCCGGCAGAGGAAUGGCUUCCUUUGAAGGAGAUAGCAUAAGGAAAGCUAAGCUCGCGUUGGGCAAGGCCAAGAAGCAGGGCUUCACAAGUAUCUUGGAUCGCUUCACCAAGGACAAUACUUACGCUUGCAGCCUCACGAACAAUGGUAUUACCAGACGUUCUGUUCGUGUGAUGGAUUGUCUUGUGCAAGCCUACCUACCGAACCCAGGCCGCACGACGACGCAAAGGGCAAUGGCAGUUGGAUCGAACGCAACCGUGACCCAGGAGAUUGGACCCCACCGUGAAGAUAUGCCUCACUGUCGGGUGGCCUUUUUCGAAUGCACCCAGGAGGACCUCUGUGUAGCGGGACUAACGUCCACGCCGGAUGACGCUCCAGUUGCAUUCACAUGGUACGGUGCUUUCUUGAGCAUGCAGGAUUUCGUGAAGAACUGCGCCCGUUGCGAAUCCAGCGUGCAGCUGCAAACGUUUGGCCAUGGUAUCAUUGAGAUCCGAG